CAAAAAACGAACCCUUUAACAACUCCAAGGAAGAAGAACAAGAACAAGAAUAUGAACUGGUCGAGAGGUGAUUGGAUGUGUGGUGCUUGUGAACACGUAAACUUCAAGAAAAGAGAAGCUUGUCAAAGAUGUGGGUACUUAAAAUAUGGAGGCCCUCACUCCGAGUACCCAACUGCACAUGAACAUGGUAUCAAAACAGAAGAAGCUUUGGCGGGAGAUUGGUAUUGCAAAUGUGGAGCUCAUAAUUAUGCUACCCGAUCAAGCUGCUAUAGAUGUCAUGCAUAUAAGAGUCUUGAUCUUGGUGCCUUUCCUGGUUGGAAAUCGGGGGAUUGGAUCUGCACAAGAUGUGAAACCCACAAUUAUGCUAGGAGAAUGGAAUGCUACCGAUGCAAAACUAGAAGAAGUUUCGGAGGAGAUGUUUGAAACCGAGGGGUCUUGACAUAGAAAACGAGAUAACUCCCGGACUCUAAGCAUCUAAUGUAUGCAAUACUACAGUGUAUCU